UGUAUUAUGAAUUAUGGAGGAAAAUGAGACAAGAUGGGAAGCAAACAAACUUUUGCUCUGCCUUUCGAUUUCUAUUUGUAUAUUAAACGCACUGCCUAUGUUUUUCAAUCAUAAAGUACACAGCGAGAUGAUGCUUUACUGCUAAUGGACAUUUAUUCUCAUCGGAUCCUGUAUAUGGACAUCCACACGCACAAUUAUAAAGUCAUCAUUCUGCCACCGAAUUUACGUCCAGGGUUCUUUGACUUUGACCCAGUAUUCAAGAACAUUUAUUGGACUGACUUCAGAUAUUAUACAAUUUUGAAGACGUCGUUAGAUGAUGGAAAAACGACAGAAUUUCUUCGUCUGCCACAGUACACCUCUGUCAAAGCACUUGCAGUUGAUCCAUUGUCUCGGCUUUUAUUCAUUGCUGAACAAAAACAUGGAAUACGUGUGGUGAGCUUAAACACAAUGAAGAUUGCUCACGUCUUAACGAACAACAGCCGUCCGACUGAUAUUGAGCUGGAUCUCAUAAAAAGAAAACUGUAUUGGUGUGACAACUCUAACAAAAUUGAAGUGGCUGAUUACGACGGGUCAAACAGGAGAAUAAUCCUUAGCAACAUUACAUGUUACGACGAAAUAGCUUUGGAUACAAGCAGGAAUGUCAUUUACUGGCCUAAUAGGUUUGCUGGCAGAAUCGAGAGAGUAAACUUUGAUGGCUCAAACAGACAAAAUAUCACGGUUGCUAAUGGGACAAUCAUCUUCAAGAUGGAGGUUGAUGGGGUUAUGCUUUACUACACAGAUUACCGUGCCAGUUCUGUAAUGGCAGUGCCAGUAAGUGGUGGCUUUCCACAUCAAAUCGGAAAAGAUGGAUUCGGGAAUUUUCUCGCAAUCAAGAGGAACAAAGAGGAUUAUAGCAACACAGAUGCAAACAAUGGAUGUCUACUCAACAAUGGUGGAUGUGAACACAUCUGUGUUCCUUUAAGCACUAAAAACAGCAGAACCUGUUUCUGUACAGACGGAUACAAUAGCUCAGCUAACGGAUCGUGUAUUGGUUAUCCAUUGAAGGUAAGACUCUCUGGAGCGAACAACACAAACGAAGGCCGAGUGGAGGUUACCAUUGACAACGGCGCAACAUGGGGGACUGUGUGCAUCAACGGCUUUGGCGUCGACGAAGCUAAUGUCAUUUGCAAAAUGCUAGGAAUGGCAAGUGACAGAAGUGUUCCACAGUCGUCAUUUAAGCCUGCUUCAUCGUCACAGCAUCUUAUCAUUAGUGGAUUGAAUUGUGGUGGAAAUGAGAGCGCAUAAGGUGAAUGUGGUCAUGAUUAUUUCGGAACAACAACCUGUGCAAACGCCAAUGUUUCAGCAGCAGCAGUCAUCUGUACUAAAGAGAUUCGUCUUGUAAACUCGGGUGCCCGAGAUCAAGGGAGAGUGGAAAUAUUUAUGAAUGGAGAAUGGGGAACGAUUUGUGAUGAUAACUUUGGUGAAGCUGAAGCGGGAGUGGUUUGUGGAAUGCUAGGAUUCGCGAGAAAUGGUGCAAUCGCUGUUAUGGGAACUUAUGGUCCAGGGUCCGAUUCCCAGCUCAUCCAUUUAGACAAUGUACACUGUGAAGGUAACGAAGAUACCUUGUUGGAAUGCAGGCAUAACGCCAUCGACUAUACCGACUGUAAUCAUAAGGAAGACGUUGGCGUUGUGAGUAAAGCAGCAACGCAUGCUGUUAUUCGCCUUGUGGGGCCAGGUUCAACAGAAGUUCAGGGCAGAGUUGAAAUGUCAACUGAUCACAGUGUUACAUGGAGUACUGUUUGCUCUGACAAUUUCGAUUCACCAGAGGCAAAAGUAAUAUGCAGAACGCUUGGAUUCUCCACAUAUAAUGUUACAUACUGGGGAAAUGCCUUCUUUGGCGAAGGACAGCAACAUACGUCAAGCAAAACUUUAAAUUGUUUUGGAACGGAAACAUCUGUUUUGAACUGCAACAUGUCUGGAUCGUGUCCGCAUUCGAAGGACGUGGGCGUUCGCUGCAUGAAAAUUGAUCAACAAGUGCGGUUAGUGAACGGUAGCACAUCGUAUGAAGGCCGCAUUGAACUAUCCAUAGAUAAUGGUGUGACUUGGGGAACAGUGUGUGAUGAUUCGUUUGACGAGCGAGACGCAGCGGUUGUGUGCAAUAUGCUUGGAUACGGAAGUGUAUACACAUCCCAUACGACCAUGCAGUCAAAGAUUGCUUGCCUUACAAGAUUAAAAAAAGAAAGUAGUAAACAGUACGUUUGGCUUUGAGUGUCCGUUUUCUGUUUGCUGGGAGGUCACUCAAAUGCCAAACUGGUGCAACGGCAAAAUCAAGCGCUUUCUUUGGAGCAGGUCAAUCUACCCAAUCAAUUCUUUUGAGUAAUUUAGCGUGUAACGGUCAUGAAAAUACGAUCAGUGAAUGUAACAGCAACGACUUAGGUGUUCACAGCUGCAGACAUGGAAAGGAUGCGGGUGUUAUUUGCAUUCCUAAAAUGUGAAUAGGUUAACGGUCAAUUGGGAUCAACGACAGAAUACAGAAACUUCCCAAACUCUACUUGUAUGGAAUAAACACGCUAAUUUUCGUUGUAUUCUGAAAUUAAUGUGGACUGAUAAUAAUAAUAAUAUGGUACAGCUUU